AUGGUCUUGCAGCUUCGCUGGGGCCAGCGCCACAUGCUUUUUCUGCGACUCUCUUCCCCAGUCUCUCCGCUGCAAGUUGACCAUCCUUCGAACGAUGCCGCGUCCUUCCAAGACGUUUCUUCUUACCGUCGGCAAAAUACGACACAACCCGUUGCAGCAGACCCUGCACCCACCAGCCUCAGAAAAUCACAACGGUUUUUUCGGGCAGCCACAGCAGCGGCCGCGCAAGGGGGUGUCGUGUUGCAAUGGGGGGACAGCACAAUUCGCCUCCUGCGGGGAGCUGGGGUCAGGGAAGUGUUCUUCUUGUUCCAUGAUCCUUCUGCGAGACCCCAUGCACCGAAAAGUACUCCUGAUGGCGCACAAGAGGGGUUGUCUUCGUCGCAAGAACCGAGAGAUCCCGUUGAAGUCUUUAAACAGCUUGCACAAGAAGACCGGCAGGAACAGCUGCAGCAGCAGCUGCCUUUUGUUGCAGUGCCACGCCAGGAGAUGCACAGACUGUCGUUCUUCCUCCCUGAAUCCGCGGAAAAAAUGCUACCGCUUGCAAUGGUUGUACGCCUAGACAGUGGGUGGACCAAAUUUCAGGCUCCACCACACGCUGCAUUCAGCCUGACCGCGAUGCGAGACUUCCUGUCUUCUUACAGAACGGUUCCGACGCACGCUUUCUACUUCGUAGGCGCUCUCGCACCCCUCCUACGCACCGAAACAUUGUCAUCCUCUGUAGAAGGUGGAGAAACAGUCAGAGCCCUUGUGGCAUCCAACUUCUCUCGACUUGUUUUGGAGCAAACGAACUACGACGCCCUGGUAUUCCUGUAUGCAAACUGGUGUGGCCACUGCCGGCGCUUCCAAACGUCGUUGUUAAAGCUAGCACAACGUUUUCGGAGAGUAUCCUCGAUCGCUUUCUUUAAAUUAGACGUUUCAAGGAACGAUGUGCCUGUUCCUGGACUACGCGUUGAGAGGGUGCCUCACGUCGUCUUCUUUACCAGAGACCCCGAACAGCAGCCAAAGGGCUCAGUACCGCUGUCUGCCUCCAAGGCUGUGGAGGCGUCUCGCAAUGCCGCUGCUGCCGCCGGAGCAGCAGCAGAAGAAUCAGGGAAUCUUGAUGACAACACCUGGCACGUUGGUGAAGGACUGAAGCGCAAAAAGAUCUUCACCUUCUCCCACAGCGAGCCUGAUGUACUGAAAUACGGAGAGGCCUUUCUGCUGGAGCACGCUGCAUGCAAAACCAUAGACUUGAACGCAGGCGUAGACUGCGAAACGAACCAUUCAGAAGAUCUUUAA